UGUAACCUAUCAUGACAUAGACGUAAUUUCCUUGCGUUCCUUAUUUGGAACACGGAAGUACUGUAUGCAGUCCAGUUAUAUAUUAUUAUUUCUGACUGUGAUGAAGAUUAAGGUUCGACCAAAAGUCCAAAUGUCAAACCUGCGUCUCUGAAACUUCAAACCAUCAAACUCGCAGUACGAAGUUCAAAACUUCAUCGUGUGGCACAUCAGUCGAUGAAAGAACUCCUCAUAUGAUCGGCCAUUGUUGGUGUUCUGUUAUAACGAUUAAGAUGACUCAAGUCUUUUUGUACGGCACACUGAAGUGUGGCCAACCCAACUACUACAGGAUGCUCGAUGCUGCCAACGGUAAAGUGGAGUUCCUCGCACAAGCUCGCACAGUGGACUCAUACCCAUUAGUGAUCGCCACCCAAUACAACAUCCCAUUUUUGCUAAAUGUCCCUGGGAAAGGUCACCGUGUCCGAGGGGAGAUUUAUAGUGUAGAUGAGAAGAUGCUAAAGUUUUUGGACUGGUUUGAAGGUUGUCCACACAUGUACCAGCGGACACUGAUCAAACUGGAGGUGGAGGAAUGGGUCGGUGAAGGUGAAAACAACCCAAAGGCUGGAAGCAUCGUCGAGACGUUUGUGUACAGCAGGACUACUUACAAACCGGAGUGGCUCCAGAACCCAGCCUACGAGAACUACGAUUCUUAUGGUGACCACGGACUGGAAUAUGCAUAUCAAGAAGAUAGAUGCCCCGAAUGAGAUUUUGCAAUCCAUGUAAACUCUUGAUAAUUCUUAUGAGAUGGCCUUUUCUCAUACAAAAUUGUACAACUUUUAUUCCCAUAGAGACCGAUCAAUCAAUAAACAGAAUUUCUAUUCGAUACAAUAGCUAAAGGCAUCAAAUAUCCAACACUUUAAGUAAUGCAGUGUUUCCCAUUAAUUACCCGCCACAGUCUAAUUUGUCCCGCCACAGUUUCAUAAUUAACCGAAAAUAUUUUUACACUCCUUAUAAUAACAUAAAAUGUCUCUAACGUUGUGUUUUGCGCCGUUGCUUCGGCAAAGCAUCUCUCACUCCCAGUCAGUCAACACUGACUGACUGACCCCCUGCGUGCGCAUGCUUACACAUGCACUGGAACCAAUUAUCUAACAUUAACGUUAUCACCAGUGGCUUAACACUUGUCCGGGGCAAGUGGAUUUUUGAUGGGGCAAGUGAAAGAGACUUUUACUUGCCUGACCGGACAAGCAGACUGAUUAAAACAUAAAUAACAAAAAAAUAACCAGCUAUAUUUGUGAUAGCCUACAGGGCUGUGUCACUUAUUAGAAAGUUCAUAUUCUUAUUUUGCUGUUGAAAGUAAUCCAGAGCACAUAAUUUUAUAAUUUGCUAGUGAUCUAGUAACAGCUGUGCCUUUUUUGAUUGACAGGCGGUGUAUGUGUGUGUGCUGAACAUGCGCGUUUCGAAAAUGCUUCUGCUAAUGCGCACCUGGACAGUCAAAUACUUUUCAAAAUUCCACCAAAAUGACCGUCUUGGUGAGGUAUUCAUGUAAACACAAAGAGUGAUGUCUAAAGUGAACAUAAACCGCUGAGAAGAAAGCGGAUUUGUAUUAAAAUAUCGGACUUGUAUGUGUAAGUGCUAAUAGACCUGCUGCCAUCUAGUGUGUCAUUAUAAUAAUCAAACAACCAUAACAAGAAAAUGUGAAGACACACUGCUUUUGACUGGGUAACUUUAGUAGCUUUAAAAAGUAUUCAUGUAUUAUAAUCAUACAGUAAAGACCAGUAGUAGUUUUAUGUUGCAUUUCAUUCUGAAUGUUUACUUGAAUGCUUGAUAGCCUACUUCUGUUAAACACUUUCAAAGCUGUUAAAAAGCAUUGAAUUUUCUUAAUUUGUAUUUUUUGUUCUAUUAUUUGUAAUUCAAUUCUAUUCAUUGGUGUUUGUUUUUUUUAUUGUUAUUUUAUUACUGACUGUCUACUAGUCUUGAAUAAUUACUUAACUUGAAAUCAUCCUUCCAUAAUUAACAUAUUAGUUAGUGUUAUUAUUUGUUGUGGUUUUGAAGAUGGUACUGAAAAUCGACAGAUUUCAUUACAACUACUGAAAUUUUGGUAUUGUGAUAACGUAUAGCCAAUAUUGUACAUGGUAGAUCUUGCUGCAAUAACAUGAUGAAAAAGUAGAUCUCAUUCCAUAGAAGUGUGAGCACCCCUACUGUUAAUGAUGGCGAUGGAGGCUUUCCUUUAUUUGGCUACCAUACGUAACAUAAAAUAAUUAUCAUAUGACAGUAGCCUCCUCCCCUACCCAGUGCAGUUUACAUUUCUGUCACAGAUAACUGUGUUGAUUGCAUAGGUACACUAUUAGGUUGGGCAUCAGUCAUAAUUUUAGAAAAAUAUACAACAUGGUUUUGACAAGGUUAGUUGAGCAUGCAACUUAAAUGUCCUUUUUUCUCUCCGGACAAGUAACUUUUUUACUCGGACAAGUGUAUGACCAAUUUACUUGUCCGGAGGACAAGCACAUGACAAUGCUUAAUGUCGAGCCCUGGCUCAAAUGUAUGCUCUUGUUGAUUUUAUGUUUUGACCAUUUGUGAACUGCGUUAAACUCUUGUCUCGUU